AUGCCCCGGCCCCGCGGCGAAUUCUCGGAGCCGGAAUUCUCGGCCGAAUAUUCCGCCGAUUAUUCCCUGAGUUUCCCCUCGGAUCCCGAGGGCGCCGGGAUCCGCCGAUCCCAGGAAGCUCCGGCCGCUCGCUGCCCGUGCCUGCCGCAUUCCCGGCGUUUUUCCUUCUCCCCGGAAUCCCUGGAAAAGCUCUACCAGACUUAUUUCCGCCGCCAGCGCCACGAGACGCUGCUGGUCCUGGUGGUUUUCGCCGCCCUCUUCGACUGCUACAUCCUGGGAAUGUGCGCCGGCUUUUCCCGCAUGGAAAAACUUUUCCCGGCGCUCGCCGCGCUGGCCGGCUUGGUAGCCCACGGCUCGCUUUUCCUCAUCCUGAAAUCCCGCGUGCUGCCCGAGCGCUUUUCCCAGAAAUUCCUGCCGUGCGCGCUGUGGGCGCUGCUGGUGGCGCAGCUCUGGGGGCUGCUGGGGCUGGAAUUCCAGCGGAGUUUUCCCGAGGUUGUGGACACGGUGGGGUGGCAGGCGUUCUUCGCCUUCUCCUGCUUCCUGACGCUGCCGCUGCGCCUGGCGCGGAUCCUGCUGCUCACGGCCGCGUCCUGCGGCGGCCACGCGCUGCUCCUGGGAAUCGCCGCCGCGUUCCAGAGGGGCGAGGAGAGGGAGGUGGAUGGAGGGGAGCUGGCCAGGCAGCUGGUGUCCAACGUGUGCGUGUACGCGUGCGCGCUGACGGUGGGCGCCAUGUCGUACGUCAUGGCCGACCGCAAGCACCGCAAGGCGUUCCUGGAGGCGCGGCAAUCGCUCGAGGUCAAACUCAACCUGGAGGAGCAGAGCCAGCAGCAGGAGCGGCUGAUGCUGUCCAUCCUGCCCAAGCACGUGGCGGACGAGAUGCUGAAGGACAUGAAGAAGGACCCGAGCCAGAAGGAGCUGCAGCAGUUCAACACCAUGUACAUGUACCGCCACGAGAACGUCAGCAUCCUGUUUGCGGACAUCGUGGGCUUCACGCAGCUCUCCUCGUCCUGCAGCGCCCAGGAGCUCGUCAAGCUGCUCAACGAGCUCUUCGCCCGCUUUGACAAGCUGGCCGCCAAACACCAUCAGUUGCGGAUCAAGAUCUUGGGGGACUGCUACUACUGCAUCUGCGGGCUGCCGGAAUUCCGGGAGGACCACGCGGCCUGCUCCAUCCGGAUGGGGCUGGCCAUGGUGGAGGCCAUCGCCUCCGUCCGGGAGCAGACCCGCACGGCCGUGGACAUGCGCGUGGGCGUGCACAGCGGCGCCGUGCUGGGCGGCGUGCUGGGCCAGAAGCGCUGGCAGUUCGACGUCUGGUCCACCGACGUCACCGUGGCCAACAAGAUGGAGGCGGGCGGCAUCCCCGGGCGGGUGCACAUCUCGCAGAGCACCGUGGACUGCCUGAAGGGCGAGUUCGAGGUGGAGCCGGGCGAGGGCGGCUCCCGCUGUGACUACCUGAGGGACAAGGGCAUCGUCACCUACCUGGUGGUGGUCCCCAAGCAGCCACUGCGGCACGGCGUCAACGGCGUGAAGCUGUCCCUGACCUCGUCCCACGGCGUGUCCCCCCCUCCGGCCACAUCCCACAACGGGAGCCUGAGCCCCGAGCCCGGCCUGGAGCCCGAGGACGACGACGGAGAGGUCCCCAACCCGUCCUUCCCGAACCCCCGGCGCCGCCUGCGGCUGCGGGACCUGGCCGAGCGCGUUUCGGGCGCGGCGCAGAACGAGCCGGAGCUGCACCGGCUGCUCAACGAGGCGCUGCUGGAGCGCGAGUCCAUCCAGGCGCUGAAGGGCCACAGCACGUUCCGGCUGUCGCUGCGCUUCACCGACCCCGAGAUGGAGACGCGCUACUCGGUGGAGAAGGAGAAGCAGAGCGGCGCUGCCUUCAGCUGCUCCUGCGUGGUGCUGCUCUUCAGCGCGCUGCUGCAGGCGGUCCUCGACCCCUGGCUGGUGACAAACUACGCGACGUUCGCGGCGGGCGAGGUGCUGCUGGUGCUGCUGACGCUCUGCUCGCUGGCCGCACUCUUCCCACGGGCCUUUCCCCCGCGGCUGGUGGCCUUCUCAGCCUGGAUCGACCGCACGCGCUGGGCUCGCAACUCCUGGGCCAUGGCGGCCAUAGCCAUCGUCACCGCCGCCGACGUCCUGGACAUGCUCGGUUGCCGCCGUGACCGCUGGCCGGUGGCCAACGCCACGGCGGGGCCACCUCGGGGCUGCGCCGAGCAGCCCAAGUACUACGGGCACAUCGCGCUGCUGGCCCUGGUGGCCACCGUGAUGCUGGUGCAGGUGAGCCACAUGGUCAAGCUGACCCUCAUGGUGCUCGUCACGGUGGCCACCGGCGCCCUCAACUUCUCCGCGUGGGAGCCCAUCCUGGACCAGUACGACCGACGGCGUGGCCAGCACGGCUCGUCGGUGCUGGUGCCCUCCAAGUUCUCCAUCACUGCCAUGAUCUUCGUGGUGAUGCUCAGCUUCUACUACUUCUCCCGGCACGUGGAGAAGCUGGCGCGGACGCUGUUCCUGUGGAAGGUGGACGUGCACGAGCAGAAGGAGCGCGUCUCCGAGAUGCGCCGCUGGAACGAGGCCCUGGUGGCCAACAUGUUGCCCGAGCACGUGGCCCGACACUUCCUGGGCUCCAAAAAGCGCGACGAGGAGCUGUACAGCCAGUCGUACGAGGAGAUCGGGGUGAUGUUCGCCUCCCUGCCCAACUUCGCCGACUUCUACACCGAGGAGAGCAUCAACAACGGCGGCAUCGAGUGCCUGCGCUUCCUCAACGAGAUCAUCUCCGACUUCGACGGCCUCCUGGACGAGCCCCAGUUCCGCUGCAUCACCAAGAUCAAAACCAUCGGCAGCACCUACAUGGCCGCCUCCGGGGUCACGCCCGACGCCGGCGCCAACGGGUUUGGAGCCAUGAAGGAGCCGCGGUCGGAGCGGGAGCGCUGGCAGCACCUGGCCGACCUGGCCGACUUCGCGCUGGCCAUGAAGGUGACGCUGAUGAACAUCAACUACCAGUCCUUCAACAACUUCAUGCUGCGCAUCGGGAUGAACAAGGGGGCGGUGCUGGCCGGGGUGAUCGGGGCCCGCAAGCCCCACUACGACAUCUGGGGCAACACGGUCAACGUGGCCAGCAGGAUGGAGUCCACCGGAGUCAUGGGCAACAUCCAGGUGGUGGAGGAGACACAACAGAUCCUGAAGGAGUACGGAUUCCGCUUCGUCCGGCGCGGCGCCGUCUACGUCAAGGGCAAAGGGGAGCUCCUGACCUUCUUCCUGAAGGGCCGGGAAAAACCGGGAUCGUUCCUCGGAGGCACCACCGUGCCCCUGCCCCACCAGGUGCUGGAAAAUUCCUGAGGAUUCCUCGGGAAUAUCCACCGGGAUCCGCAGCCCAUCCCCCCGGCACGGCCCUUCCCGAAGGCUCUGGGAUUUUUUUUUGAGCGGAUUUUAUGGAAAAGAGGGGAAAGGCGGAUCUGGGCUUGUUUGGGUUUUGUUUUUUUUUUAUUUCCGGGAUUUUCCGCUGCGGGAAUGCCGGACUUGGAGCGGUGGCAGCGAUUCCAGGAGAUCCAAACUCAGGGAUGGUUGAGAAGACUCCACAGGAGCAAAUCUGGGAUUUGCCAGAAAGUUCCUCUCAAAUUCCCCCGGAGCACAGCCGGGAGGAGCUGGGAGAGCUCGGAUCCGGAUCCGGCUUGGACUUGGGAAAGGACAGGAGUUGUGCGUUCCAGAUCCAUAAAUUUUAUUGGAGAAAUGA